GUUUUUUUUUUUUUUUUUGUAUGUGUGCAAUUUCCAUUCACAAGUCUCGCAGGCAGCCUGUGCUGAAGGCUUAAGUGGGCUCAUCUCUGUGUCUUCCUGUGGGCAAUCAUCACUCAGAGAACCCAGCUUGUCUUACAGGUCGCAUAGAAGAAUGUCAUUUUUUUUUUGUAUUGUAAAAGGUGCACACUGCUCAGGCUUAAUACGGACCUGUGUGACAGCUAUACAGAUAUAAGUGCUCAGUUACAAUUCCCCAGGACUUCCAACAGCACCUGUCCAGCAGAAGAAGGUCCAUCUCUGGUAGGGUGGAAUGCAAGUGUCCAUCCAGUCUCCUUCUAAAAGUCUUCCAACCUCAACACUGAUUGUUCUAACUGGUCUACACACUGAUCUAGAACUAACAAAUAUAUUAAUUUUUAUAUGCAUAAAAGUCUCUGAACACCCAGCUUAGCUUUACCCAUCCUGCAGCUCUCACGCUAAUUCCAUUUUUGGGGGGGUGCAGAAGAAGAGGUGUUUAGCUUAAGAAGAGAGAGAGAGAGAGAAAGAAAGAAAGAGAGAGCGAGAAGGAAAAAAAAAAAAAAAAGUGGGAAAAGCAGAGAGGGCGAUGACGCUUCCAGUUUGAAGCCACCCUAUUCGAUGUCCUGGUGAAACCUGAUCCCUACUUGCGGAUUUCUCCAGGAAAAAAAAAAAAAAAAAAAAGCAGCACCCCAGCACCCAGGGCACUUAUGAUCAGUUCAGUCUGUGUCUCCUCCUUCCGCGGGCGCAAGUCUGGUAACAAGCCUCCCUCCAAGUCAUGUUUGAAAGGAGAUAUGGGCAAAAACGAGGACAGCGACAAGAUUGUCAUUAAUGUAGGUGGCAUCAGGCAUGAGACCUACAGGAGCACCCUCAAGACCCUGCCCGGGACCCGGCUGUCCUGGCUCACCGAGCCUGAUGCCUUCAGCAACUUCGACUACGACCCCAAGACCGACGAGUUCUUCUUCGACCGGCACCCGCAGGUCUUCGCCUAUGUACUUAACUACUACCGGACUGGGAAGCUGCACUGUCCGGCCGAUGUCUGCGGGCCCCUGUACGAAGAAGAACUGGCCUUCUGGGGCAUAGACGAGACGGACGUGGAGGCUUGCUGCUGGAUGAACUACAGGCAGCACAGGGACGCAGAGGAGGCGCUGGACAGCUUCGAGACCCCGGAGCCCACCGAAGAGGAGGAGGACAAGGAGCUGAAAAGGCUCUGCCUGCAGGAGGAUGGCAGGAAGCUGGGCUGGUGGAAGAGGCUCCAGCCCAAAGUCUGGGCUCUCUUUGAGGACCCUUAUUCUUCCAAAGCUGCCAGGUAUAUCGCCUUUGCUUCCCUGUUCUUCAUUCUCAUCUCCAUCACAACGUUUUGCCUUGAGACCCACGAGGCAUUCAAUGAGAUCGUCAACAAGACUGAGACCACCACACGAAACAACAUAACCAGGACGGAGAUUAUUUUAGAAGUGGAGACUGAACCUUUCCUCACUUAUGUAGAAGGCAUGUGCGUGAUAUGGUUCACAUUUGAGUUUCUCAUGCGAGUUUUGUUCUGCCCUGAUAAAAUGGAAUUCAUUAAGAGCAGCUUGAAUAUUAUAGACUUUGUGGCUAUUUUACCCUUCUACCUGGAGGUCGGCUUGAGUGGUCUGUCUUCCAAAGCAGCCAAGGAUGUCCUAGGUUUCCUUCGAGUUGUCCGAUUUGUUAGGAUCCUGAGAAUCUUUAAGCUCACUCGUCAUUUUGUUGGACUCAGAGUUCUUGGCCACACUCUACGAGCCAGUACAAAUGAGUUUCUUCUUCUUAUAAUUUUCUUGGCACUUGGGGUUUUAAUCUUUGCCACCAUGAUAUACUAUGCGGAAAGGAUUGGGGCUGCGCCAGGUGACAUUACUGGCAGUGCACACACCAACUUCAAAAAUAUCCCCAUAGGGUUUUGGUGGGCUGUGGUAACCAUGACAACUUUGGGGUAUGGUGACAUGUACCCAGUGACUUGGUCGGGUAUGUUGGUGGGUGCCCUUUGUGCGUUGGCUGGUGUGCUAACAAUUGCUAUGCCAGUACCAGUCAUAGUCAACAAUUUUGGAAUGUACUACUCUCUAGCUAUGGCAAAGCAGAAGCUACCAAAGAAAAAGAACAAACAUAUUCCACGGGCUCCUCAACCUGGAUCACCUAAUUACUGUAAACCAGACAUGCAGUCGCCUCAUAGAAGUGUGCCAGGAGAUUCCUGCCCUUUAGCUCAGGAGGAAAUCAUUGAGAUCAACAGAGCAGACUCCAAGCAGAAUGGUGACGCUGCCAACGCUGCACUGGCCAAUGAGGAUUGCCCGACAAUAGACCAGGCUCUGUCCCCAGAAGAAAAGUCUCCUGUCACGCCUGGUGCAAGAGAGAGAUACAAUCGAGACCGCGCUUGUUUCCUGUUGUCCACCGGAGAUUUUGCACAUUCUCCCGACGGCAACAUCCGCAAAGCUGUCAACGCCUGCACUCCAUCACCUCAGCACGACGACUGGUACAAACAAGACGUUGAUCUUCUGCAUGACCUCAAUGCCAAUGCUGCCACAUGGAUCAAGCAGUAGGAUGCAUGAUGUC